CCACCAAGAGCCAGAGAAGAGAAAACCCGGGGAAGAGAACGCCUCUGCCACUAGAACCCACCCAGCGCAUCCCCUCUCUCUCUCUCUCUCUCUCUCUCUCGUGCCCUGGGAGACUGCACGGGCGCGCGCGAGCGCGAGCGCAGAGGGGGGGCGCGCAUCGCUCGAGAGGAAGGGGGCGGCCAUGGAGUCGAUGGAGCCCAAGGACAUCGACUGGAGCAGGGUGGUGUCGCGGUACGUGCGCGACGAGACCUACGAGGGCAUCGAGGCCCCUCACUGGGUCGACCUCGACGACCCGGGGGCCGGCGUCACCGUCGACGACGACGCCUGGUUCUGCCGCCCCGAUUGCAGGCACCCAAAGACGGCCGAGGACUUCCUCAGGCUGACCCCAAGCCCCAAGGGCAAGCUUCUGCGAUCAGUGUCCGCCAUGCUGCCGUUUGGCGAGAGGGACACCAACCUCAGAGACGGCAAUAACAAUCUGAAGAAGCGAGGCGCCGUAGGCGGCGGCACUGCCGCCUUUGCGUCGCCCAUCAAACCAAAGGCAGCCCCCAAGAAGAAAUUCCAGGACGACAGCGAGAACCAGGACCCUGCACUAAUCACGCCUCCUCCCGCGACAAGCAGGCCGCCAUUCGGCGUGCCGCGGUGGGCCAAGAAUGCCAAGGAGGCCAUCAAGUCCAGUGCGGAGAAGCGACCGGACAAUGCAGAGAAGGAGUCGCUGAUAAGCAAGAACGCGGCACCGAGGCAGCUCAAGAGUACUCUCUCGGCGAGGAACCUCUUCUCCGGGAAGGACAUACUUGGCCAGAUAUCGGAUUUCUACAAUGAGCUCAAGCGGAUGGCCGGCGGUGUCAGUAGCAGCCAGCCUGCAUCAGAGGCCAUGGAAGAAAUGAGCCCAAGCCCAAUAUAUGGCAGUGAUGUAGUGGAGAAGGUGGAUUGUAGUAGCGGCGGCAGUAGUCGGGUUCCUUUGGAUGCUGUGAAGAAGGUGCCAAGGCAAGAAACAGUGGAAAAGAGUCCCAGCCCAAUGAAGGGGAAGAAGAUUGGGUUGAAGGUGGAAGCAGGGAAGCAAAGAUCACCCUCUGUGUUGAAGGAGGUGAAGGCAACACCACCGACUCCUCAGCGGUUUCCAUCCCCCUCUGCCAACUGUGUGAAGAACGUUAAAGCUGGAGGCAUAGCAACCAGCUCACCACUCAAGAAGUCACUGAAGGAUAAGGUCACGCCUAAUAAGGAUCAGGAAAACAGCAGAGAUGCUAAAAGGCAACCUUUUGGAGUCAAGAAUAUGAACAACACCAGGGCUUUUGAUUCCGAAGAGAGCUCCAGUGGCAUGUUUUGGUUCUUGAAACCCUGCACUUUCCUGGUGGAAUAGCAGCAAAAUAAUUGGAAGCUUAACCAGCGGCGAUCCAUGUAGUUAGAACAAAUUCUUUGUUUCAGUUUGAAAUACUCCCAUUUUCUAUUUGAUUGAUUCAUCUGGUGGACAUUCUGUCAGGCAAAUAAAGAGCAAGGAUAAAUGUAUAGGUACUAGUGAAGUCAUAUAAGUGGAGAGAUUCCUCAGAUAUAGAACUCGAGAUAUAGCAAAAUGUUGUUGUUCUUCUUCAGCUACUUUGUUGUUUGACCAGAGAUAAUACUGAUUAAUAUCCAUCCCAAUUCUUGA